AUGUCAAAAAUUAAGGAUGUUGUUAUGAAAAACCAUACUGCCAUGUUUGAAGUGCCAGUUGCCAGUCAAAUGCACAAAUACUGCAAACGCGGAAAACGCAUUCGUGCCGGUUGGCAGACCGCUCUUGGUCGUACUACUCCCGGCAACAUGACUGUACCUACCAUUGUGAAAAACCCUCCAUCCACUCCGACCAUUGGCCGUUUGCCUCACAUUAACGACUGCUACAAAGAUUUAUUCUUCAAAGCGCAAGAUGAUCCAUCAAAAUAUUACGAUCAACACCGCAGUCUUCACCCGGGAUUGAAUUUCACAUGA